AGUUGGAGAAACAUUUCUCUACCUUCGCUAUUCUACCGACAUACCGAGGAGAAAAGAGCAAUCACAAACUCGUUCAUCAUCAUGGAAAAAAUUCAGAACUUCAUUGCUAGCGUGACUGGUCAGGAGAAGGUCGGCUUCUUCGACUCGGCCACCCCCUCAUUCUAUGUUGCCGCAGCAGCUAUUGCGUUCAAUCCCAUAUUUUGGAACAUCGUCGCCCGACAAGAAUACAGGACUCACUUUCUGACCAAAAUCUUCCGUUCUCCCUAUUACGGCUGCUAUGCACUGGCUUUGACAAUAUUCUCUCUCGGCAUCUUCCGCGACUCCUUGUACAAGGCAGCACUUGAUGAGCAACCGCUGUAUCCACCCCUGCAUCAACCAGCCUUGGGUGCAUUGUUGUUCCUCGCUGGCAACGUCCUUGUUCUGUCAAGUAUGUGGGCUCUGGGAGUUACCGGCACAUAUUUGGGCGACUAUUUCGGCAUCUUGAUGGACUCUAAAGUCGAGGGAUUUCCGUUCAACGUCACGGGAGCGCCUAUGUACUGGGGCAGCACCCUGUCCUUUUUGGGCACAGCACUCUACACGGGCCGAGUUGCCGGUGUGUUGCUCACCCUCGAAGUGUUUGUGAUGUACUACCUUGCACUACAAUAUGAAGAUCCAUUCACUGCCGAGAUCUACGCAAAGAAGGACGCCCGACCGGUCACUCGAUCUCAAACGAAGGAACGCAAGAAGGCGUGAACGGACAGAUUUACAGGACCAAUAUAGAUCUUCAGGAUCAGACCUUAUGGACGGUCCCAUAUGGUGGACGGCGUUCGAGCCAUCAUAAGCUGAGGUGGUGCCAUUUUGAGCGUGUCUUUCAACAGAGCGUGCUUUUGAGGCCAGGACAUGCGUUCGACGUCUGUCAUGAGGGCAGAAGAACUCCCAGGGCAUUUAACAAGCUGGGAGGCUUCGAGGCUGAAUUUCAACACUGGAAAGGGUCUUUGCCCGAGUCUUGGCUUGCGUAGUUGGAGAGAGGCAAAGAAACAUGAAUCAAUCACUCCGCUCCA